AUGCAUCCCACAUCGCCAGCGCCGCCCGUGCCACCCUUCGUGCCGCGGCACAGGCGUCAGCUCCAGACGGCGGGCAACUCGACAAGUGGGAUAUCAGGUGCCAACUCGACCGUCCUGGAAACCAGGUCGCUUGUCCGCAAGGCCCAGCAGGAGGCCAGCGCCCGAAACAAGGAGCGCUUCGCCAAUCCACGCACAAACGCGUACUGGGCCAAGCAUGGGUCCGGCGCAGCCGGCUUGCGCGCCCGCGCAGAUGAUGUCGCUGCCUUUGCCAUCAACGAGACCAUCGCCGUUGCUGCCGCCAUUGUUGUCGAGGCAGAUUAUGCCCAUAAUGUCCCCGUGGAGUACCCGCCUCUUCCUGACGACAUCAGGCAGCUCAAAGAGCAGAUGUUUGGUCCGGCCGGCGCUGACGCCGGGGCUAGCGCUGCUGCGGGCAGCCUCGGCAAGAGGGCUCUGUCGACCUUCUGGAUGGAGGACAUCAGCCACACGGGCAAGGUCCCCUUCGGCGGUUCCGCCAACGACGGGUACAAGGUGUUCCGCAACGUCAAGGACUACGACGUCAAGGGCGACGGUAAGACGGACGACACCGAGGCCAUCAACAGAGCCAUGAGCGACCAGAACCGCUGUGGCAACAACUGCGGCGCCUCCACGGUCAAGCCGGCCAUCGUCUACUUUCCCUCGGGCACCUACCUCGUCAGCACGCCCAUCACUGCGUACUACAACACUCAGAUGAUUGGAAACGCGAAUGUCCGGCCUAUUAUCAAGGCGGCCAAGUCUUUUACCGGCCUCGGCGUCAUCUCUGUGGACGAGUACACGGGCGGCAAUGGAGGCGCGGAGCAGUGGUACAUCAACCAGGCGAGACAGAACAACUUUCUUCGUCAGCUCCGCAAUUUCAGAGUGGACGUCCAAGACGCAGACAUGGAUGACGUUGCCGGUCUCCACUGGCAAGUGGCCCAGGCUACUAGCAUCCAGAAUGUCGACUUCUACCAGUCACCGUCUACCGACAAGCACCAUAUGGGUAUCUUCGCAGAAAACGGGAGUGGUGGUUUCAUGGGCGAUAUGACCUUCUUUAAUGGCGAGAUUGGCAUUCGAUGUGGAAACCAGCAGUUCACGUCCAUCAACAUGGUCUUCGUCGGCUGUCGCACCGGAAUCGACAUGCUCUGGGACUGGGGCUGGACCUGGAAGGGUCUUCUGAUGAGCACUACCGAAAACGGAAUCCGCAUGUCCGGGGACUUCAGGGGCGGCUCCAUCAUCGUCAUGGACUCGUUCUUGCUGGGCAUGAGUAAGGGUAUCUCAGUUUCCACGCCCGUCGGAAACACCCCCUCCAAGAAGUUUACUAUUACGUUGGACAACGUCGAGGUCUUCGGCGUCGGUAAGGCCGUGGAUCACGAAACGGAUGGCGCCCAGCUCGAGGGCGGCAGCCGCGUCAUCCGAUCCUGGGUCGUCGGCAAGGUUCACGACGAGAAGAACCCCAGUGGCACAUACCAGAGCGGGCCGCUGUCGGCUCCACACCCAACGGAAGGCUCGCUCAUGAAGGGCGGCGCAUACUAUAGGCGCCAAAAGCCCCAGUAUGAGAACCUUGUCGCCAGUGACUUUAUCAAUCAAUCUCGCAUUCCGGUCGGAUCCGUGAUUGUAGGCGAGUGUUGGGCCCAAACCGUCGCCAACGGAGAGUCUUACAGCGACGCUGAUUCCCCAUACACUAUGGUGCGGGUCGGGGACUGGGGCGAAAAGGGUAGCGUCGAGAUCCAGGACCUCGUCUUCACCACAAAGGGCCCUACACCAGGCGCAGUUCUGAUGGAGUGGAACAUGGCCGAAGACCUGCAGGGCUCUGCUGCCAUGUGGGACUCGCACUUCCGCAUCGGCGGAGCGAUGGGCACCGGUCUGACUGCUGCCGACUGCCCCAAGCUCACUGGUACUAUCAAUCCGAAAUGCGUUGCCGGGUCCAUGUUGCUCCAUAUGACUGGGGGUUCGUCGGGCUAUCUGGAGAAUGGGUGCGCGUGGGUGGCGGACCACGACUUUGACAGCGGCCCGGCACAGACCCAGAUCGAUAUCUACGUCGCUCGUGGCAUCUUGAUCGAAAGCAAGGGCGGCCCUGUCUGGCUUUACGGAACCGCGUCGGAGCAUUGCGUUUUUUAUCAGUAUCUCCUCUUGGGAGCACAAGACGUAUUCAUGGGGAACAUUCAAACAGAAAGCCCGUACUACCUGCCAAAGCCUAAGGCGCCUGCCCCGUUCACGGACCAGGUCGGGCUCUUCAACGGGGAUCCCGACUUCAGCGAGUGCCCAGAGUCGGAGCCGCACUGCGCAGCUGCCUGGGCAUUGAUGAUUUCAGGGUCAACAAACGUUCAUAUCUUUGGCGCGGGGUUGUAUAACUGGUUCGAUGACUACACGCAGGACUGCAUCGACACGCAAACCUGCCAGAAGCAUCUCGUCCACGUGGAAGAGAGCGGACAGAUCUGGUUCUAUAACCUCUAUACCAUUGGGUCAGCCAACAUGAUUGACGCAGAGGGGUCCGAUCCCAUUCCGGCCAAGGACAACAUCAACACCAACGAACAUCCGUUCACCUCCGUCAUUAACGCAUGGCUGCUGUCUUCUUCCGGAUCCGGAAAUGUCGACAACGUCCUGACAGACCAGGUUAUCCUGGGCACAAUGCUCCCACCUUGCCCAUCCAAAUACAACACGCUGGAGAAUGUCGAAAAGUCCAAGUCGAGCAUCCCGCAAUACUGUCUCGACAAGUACCUCCUUCAGACGCAGCUCAACACCCUCGGCACUGCCCUUUCUGACUAUAACAGCAUCUUGAGGGACGGGUACGACGACAAGUUCAAGGCCUAUCAGAGGUCAGUCUUGCAACAAGUCCCAGACCAGAUCAACAAGUUCAUGGAGGGGGCCCAGGCCUCGGGCAACUGGACCUGUACCGAGACUCGGACCGUUAUCUGCUGCAGAGGUUGCCAGAAUCAUGCGGCGUGCACGAACCCCAUGUGCGACUUUUCCAGCGACUGCAAGCCCGGCACCACCAAGAAGACAACUACCGUCGACUGCCCUGCGUCCAUAUCAAACAACUUACGCGAGCAGCUGCCGGUCCCCGUCGAGACGACCUACACGCUCAAGAACGAGCAGGGCUUCUGGGAGGGCCUGAUGGCCGCGUACGGCAUCCCGCAGGACUGGGUCAACAUUGGGGAGCGGCUUGCGUACUUUGGAAAGGGCUGCGAAGGCGUCGCAGGCGACAGGACGUCGCCGGACACCUCGACCGAGUGCUUCAAGAAGUCAUCCGUCUACUGGCACAACUUCCCGACGAUGAAGCCGGGCGCGGCCAUGGACGACCCCAAGGACAGCGUCAGCAAGUCUUACGACACGUUCAAGAACAUCUACGACCGCGCCACCGUGUCCCUCGGGUUCGCCCAGUGGAACCUGUACGAGGCCAGCUCCACCGACAUGCUGGCCACCGCGGCCCUGCCGGCCAUGCUCCUGACCGACGCCGUCGACAACAUGCGCCAGAUGGCCAAGGCGGGCGAGGAGAUCAUUGAGCGCGAGCGCAAGCAGAACAUCCUCUUCUGGCUCAACAUGGGCCUCAUGAUGAUCCCCGCGGCCGGACAGGUGGCCAGCAGCCUGGGCCGCGUCGCCGUCGCCGUCGCCCUCCGCGUCGUUGGCGAGGCCGCCACCGCCGCCCUGACGCUGUACGAGCUCGUCGACGAUCCAAAGAACGCCCUGAUGACCAUGAUGGGCUUCUUCCUCGGCGGCGGCGUCUCGCGCCAGCCCUUCCGCGAAGCCGCCGCCAUCCGUCGCGGCAUGCCCAAAUCGCAGUUCGAAAAGCUGCCGCCCAGGAUCAGGACGGACCUGGGGCGCAUCCAAACCGUUGGGAACGUGUGCCGCGCGCGUUCGUAG